AUGGCCGCCGACAUCAGAGUCUCAAUCGACCGCGGCGGCACAUUCUGCGACGUCAUUGCCGACAUCGACGGUCGUGAACCUCUCAUCUUCAAGCUCCUCUCCGAAGACCCAGCAAACUACCCUGACGCCCCAACCGAAGCCAUCAGGCGCGUCCUCGAAAUCGUAGAGGGGAAACCCAUCCCCAUCGGCGAGAAGCUCAAUGGCUCGCGUAUCGCAUCAUGCCGCAUCGGCACCACAGUCGCGACAAACGCCCUCUUAGAACACAAGGGCGAGCGCUUCGCUUUCCUCACAACCAAAGGCUUCAAAGAUGUCUGCGUUAUCGGCGACCAGUCCCGUCCAAAACUCUUUGAUCUCAACAUCCGCAAGCCCACGGCUUUACACUCUACCGUCGUUGAGAUCGACGAGCGCAUCGUCCCGGCAGACUACGACCUUAAUCCAACGCCCCUGGACAGGGAGGCCGCUCUCAAGGCCGCCUCUGCAUCAUCAUCAACCUCAUCCUCUUCUACUCCCCAAAAAGGAGACCUCGUCAGCACACCAAACGGCGACCUGAUCCGUAUCCUCCGCCGCCCAAAUCCAGACCUCAUUCGCACCCAACUUCGCGCCCUCAGAGAUACAGGCUAUACCUCCCUCGCAAUCUCCUUUAUGCACGCCUACUUGUAUCCCGCCCAUGAAGACCUCGUCGCCUCCCUCGCCCGCUCUCCCGAGUUUGCCUUCUCUUACGUGACAACCUCAUUCUCCACCUCCCCGGCCAUCAAAUACCUCAACCGCAGCACCUCGACAUGCUCAGAAGCCUACCUCUACCCCGUCAUCCAGCGCUACGUCGCCUCCUUCCACGCAGGCUUCCUACCCGAUGCCCCACCGCGUCGCGUAGACUUCAUGUGCUCCGACGGCGGCCUGAAAGCAGCUUCCCGCUUCCGCGGCAACGAGGCGCUCCUGAGCGGUCCCGCAGGCGGCGUAGUCGGCAUCGCGAGGUCCUGCUAUGACCCGCAGGACGGCACGCCCGUCAUCGGCCUCGAUAUGGGCGGGACCAGCACCGACGUCUCGCGGUACGAUGGGAAGUACGACUACCUCACCGAGACUUCCAUCGCGGGCCGCACAAUCACCACGCCUAUGCUCAACAUCGCGACCGUAGCAGCCGGCGGUGGAUCAAUCCUCUUUGCGCGCAACGGUCUCUUGGCUGUAGGACCCGAGAGCGCCGGCGCGCACCCAGGACCGGCAUGUUACCGCAAGAACGGGCCCCUGACCGUCACGGACGCGAACCUUUUUCUGGGGCGCCUCGUCCCGUCUUCCUUCCCUUCCAUCUUUGGACCGUCCGCCUCUGAACCGCUCGAUGCCGCCGUCGUGGAAGAGAAGUUCAGACAAAUUACGGAAGAAUUCAACCGGCAGACGAACCAGACUCUCCAACCGCACGACGUGGCCCUAGGCUUCUUGGACGUUGCAAACGAAACAAUGGCCCGUCCCAUUCGCAACGCAACCGAAGCCCGCGGCUUCGCCCCCGAAAACCACAACCUCGUCUCCUUCGGCGGCGCAGGCGGCCAGCACGCCUGCGAGAUUGCCGAUAAACUCGGCAUCCGACGCAUUCUCAUCCACAAGUUCUCCUCUCUGCUUUCAGCAUAUGGAAUCGCGCAGGCGGAGCUGCAAAGCGAGACCCUGGAGCCGUACGGCGCGAAAUUCAAGCACAGCGAGGAUGCCGUGCAAGGGACAGUGGCAUCCCACGUCGGGGAUCGCCUCGCCGCGCUGAGGGGGAAAGUGAGCCGAGAGCUCGUCUCCCAAGGAGCGGAUGAGGCUUCUCUGGUGUUUGAUGAGAGUCUUGUGUUGCGGUACUUUGGCACCGAUACCAAUAUCACCAUCUCCCGCCCCGAGGAUGGCGAUUAUGCCGCGAGCUUCAGGACCACGCACCUACGCGAGUUCGCCUUCUCGAUGGAUCGGGACAUCGUCAUUGAGUCGAUCAAGGUCCGUGGGACAGGCGGCGCGGCGGGGAGCGCGUUCGGGACGCGGGAGAUGUCGGCGGCCAAGGAGCUCGCAGACAGGAUGAGCGGUGGUAGUGGUGGUGUAGCUGCCGCCCCGGAGCCGACCGCGAAGCAGAGGGUUUACAUCGACGGCGGAUGGCGUGAGACGAGCGUGUAUCGUCUGGAUGAAGUCCCCAAAGGCGUUGUGAUUGAGGGACCGGCUCUGCUCAUCGACCAGACGCAGACAAUCUAUGUAUCACCGACGUUUAGCGCGUACAUUCUCUCCUCCCACGUCGUCCUCGAGAAGCAAACUUCCACGACAGCUUCAACAUCACCCCUCUCCACCUUGACAACGCCAACACAAACACUCCAAACAGAGGCACCAGAAACCACAGACCCAAUCCUUCUCUCCGUCUUCGCCCACCGCUUCAUGGCCAUAGCAGAACAAAUGGGCACCACCCUCCAACGCACCGCAAUCUCCACCUCGAUCAAAGAACGCCUCGACUUCUCCUGCGCAAUCUUCUCCCCCGAAGGCAAAUUGGUCGCCAACGCGCCCCAUAUCCCCAUCCACCUCGGCUCCAUGCAAUUCGCCAUACAAGAACAACACCGCCACUGGAAGGGCCGCCUCCAGCCCGGCGACGUGCUCCUGACGAAUCACCCGCAAUGGGGCGGCACGCAUCUCCCGGAUCUGACCGUCGUGACGCCCGUCUUUGUCGAUACCGGGCCACCUUCCGCCGACAAGUCGGACAGCGACGAAACCACCACCCAAGAAAUCGCCUUCUACGUCGCCUCCCGCGGCCACCACACAGACAUAGGCGGCAAAGGCAUCACCUCGAUGAUGCCCGAAUCACGCCAACUCUGGGAAGAAGGCCUCAACGUACCCACCCUCAAAAUCGUCUCCCGCGGUCACUUCCUCGAACUCGACGUCGUCGCCGCCUUUGAGAAAGCAGGCUCCCUCCCAGGCUGCUCCACCUCCCGCCGUCUCGCCGACAACAUCUCGGACCUGAAAGCCCAGACGUCCGCAAACCAGCGCGGCAUCCUCCUCCUCCGGAAACUCUGCGCCGAGCAGGGCGAGGGAAGGGAGGGCGUCGCCGUGGUGCACAAGUACAUGUCCGCGAUCCAAGCCAACGCAGAGAACGCCGUCAGAACCUACUUCAAAUCCAUAGCCGCCUCCCACCCGACCGGUCUCUCCGCGACAGACCACCUAGACGACGGCACACCCCUCCACGUGAAUAUCACCCUCUCCCCCGAAACGGGCACAGCAACCUACGACUUCUCCCUCUCGGGCCCCCAAAUCUGGGGAAACUACAACUGCCCCGUCUCCAUUACCCACUCAGCCAUAAUCUACACCAUCCGCAGCCUAGUCGGCCUCGACAUCCCCCUAAACCAAGGCUGCCUGAACCCAGUAGACAUCAUCCUCCCCCCGCAAGGUUCCGUCCUCAACCCCGGUCCCGGCGUCGCCAUCUGCGGCAGCACACUCGCCUCUCAGCGCGUCAUCGACGUCAUCCUCCGCGCGUUCGGAACCCACGGCGCAAGCCAGGGGUGCGCGAACAGUUUCGGCUGGGGCAUGGGCGGACGAGACCCGGAGACCGGAGUAGUCGUCAAGGGGUGGAAUUACGGGGAGAGUAUCGGUGGCGGCGUUGGUGCGGGAGCCGGGUACGACGGGGAGCAUUCGACGCACGUGCACUCUACGAAUACGCGACAGACGGACGCGGAGGUCAUCGAGAAGCGGACAGCUGUGCUUGUCAAGUCCUACAGUAUCCGUGAAGGCAGCGGUGGUGUUGGGAAGUCUCGUGGAGGCGACGGAAUCACCCGUGAGAUCCAGGCGCGUAUUCCGCUCAAGUUUAGUAUCCUUUCGGAUCGGAGGGUGUAUCGGCCCUGGGGUAUGGCUGGCGGAGGGCCGGGGCAAAAGGGGGAGAAUUAUGCGUUCUUGUUCAAUGAGGAGGGAGGGAUGGAGAAGAUUAAUCUUGGCGGCAAGGCCAUCAUCAACCUGAAGGAAGGCGAGUAUAUCCAGGUUAACACCCCGGGUGGUGGGGCGUAUGGUGGCGAGGAGGUGGAGGAUAGACAUCGGGGGUAUGUAUGA